GGGCGCUAAACCGAAAUAUUGUUUAUACUUUUUAUGUAAAGGUAGAUAGGCGAGCGGGUGACUAGACUACAGAAAAUGGCCCAUUUCUUUAGCCAAAACCAAAUUGAUGAAUAUCGAGAUUGUUUUUCUCUGCACGACAGCUCAAGGAAAGGUGUCAUAAGAGCUGAUGACCUUGCUCGGGUGAUGAGGUCAUUGUAUACCAGUCCAACAACGCAGGAAAUCAGAGCUUAUCGUAGACAGUAUGAAAAAGAAAAGAAAAUACAGUUUGAUGACUUCCUCCUCAUAAUGGAUGAACAGCAGAGAAAUGAGAGUUGUUCAAGAGAAAUACUUGACGCGUUCUACCACGCCGAUGUAAAGAAGCAAGGCUACAUUUCCGUUAAAGAAUUUAAGCGUAUCAUGUGCACAUUUGGAGAAAAAUUAAAAGAAAGAGAAGUGGAUGCAGUUUUACGAGAAUUUGGUAUUGCAAAGAACGGUCAAAUACAGUAUGCAGAUUUUGUAAAGAAGCUGCUUACACCUAUACCAGAUUCCAUGGCACCACAGGAAUAAGGACACUGCCACUCAUCAUAAUCAGAACAUAUUUUGUAGAUUUAUAAUUUCUUUUUCAGCGACAGUCCAUUUAGAUAAAUUCCAGAAUGUUUUAAUUGAUGAAUGGAAGUCUUAAUCAGAUGUAAACCUUUUCAGAUAGACAAAGCCCACAAUUAUGUAUUAAACAUUGCUGACCAGGUAUUGUGGAUUACUAGCCGCUCACUAUGUGUAAGAAUCUUCUCAUCAAUACUAAUACAGAAAGAAGCCGUUCUCUUUAACACUGUUUUAGCUGCCCUACUACUACUAGCAGUACUAUUAGUACUACUAGGCCUACGCAGCUGGAAAGGGUUCUACUGUAUUAUUAUUUUACAAACAGUAAUAUUUGGUUCACCCAUGUGACAAGAUAAAAUUAUGAUGUGUAUUAUCAUCUGAUCUUGACAGUAAUUCAAAACCCUAGAAUAAUGUCAUCUCGAAAUAGCAAAACUAGAUACAUGGCCUUGUACACGGUAGUGAUGGACGCCAUCUCAAAACCAGAGCUGUGGACCUUCCUUCUCCCCUUCGAAUUCACGUCUGUUCAUCAAAUAAUUUUUUAGUUUCUUAGUGGCUAAUAAGCAAAUUGAGACGGUUUUUUGCUGUGGAAGGGGCUAUAAAAACACAUGAUCAUUAACCUUGUUGCCUUUACAGAACAUUGCUUGUCUUUCAAACUCCAUUCCAUAAUUAGUACUAUAUAAAUAUUCCAUAUACGUACAACAGUAAUGCUUAUAAAUCAUUUCUAUAGCCUUGAGUUAAAAUUUCAUUUUAAGAUUUUUAUUUGUAUAUAUUGGUGAUUAGGCUCUAUUUCUAAAGCCAAAAUGUCUAGCACAUUAUAUUGUGCAUAAUACUAGAUACUAAUUUUAACCUUGGACAUUAAACAAAUAUUUAUUUUUAUCAAAUAAUCAUGAAUGUUGAUAACCUUUUAUCGUCAUUGAAUUUUCUGACCAAAGUUUGUGUGUAUACACAGAAUUAAGAACUUAAAAUGCAAUAUAGCAUUCAUCAUGACACCUUGAUAAUUUUUUUAUGUAUUUAUAGGAAUGAUCUUAUUUUGUAUAUGUGGGCUGGUAAAGAUGUAUUGGAGCAAAUAAAAUGUAUUCAGAUUUUAA